GAGCUGCAGUCAAUCCUCGCGUCAGAGAAGAGAGGGUGCAAGUUCUAUGUCAACCACUGAAAUGUGGGAAGUCUCUGGGACGACUUCUGUGUUUACCGAAAAUUUUUCGCCAGCAGAGGCCACACCAACGAUGGCCAGUCCAACAGAUCUCACACCUUCUACUACUGAUGCAAGGAAUAUAUCAUUUUACGGAACCGAUGCCCUCGGAAAUAGCACCAGACUUCACAACGGAACAUUCUAUGGUUUAAACGGAACAUGUUUACAGUCAAACGGAUCAACUUUGUAUUCAAAAGGCCUUGCUUUCUAUUCUAAUAAUACAGGUCUUUACUUUAGAGGAAUCCUGUUAAAUUCAAACCCAAUGAUGUUUUAUACUGACAAAAGAAGCUUAAAGUUGAACGUAACAACUUUAUAUGCAAACUUAACUGGUAACAUGAGUGUAAAUUUUCCAAACGUCACAUUUCACAAUACGACUGACACAUUACCAGGUGAGAGCGAUCUUAUAAUCGAGACUGCCGAAGGAAACAUAACUCUAAGUGACCAAUGCCCCAGCGAUUUGGCCCUGUUAAUGAAUACGACAGAAGGUAACGGUACAUCCCAAAGUAACACAACGAUACCAACUACUCCAAUGACACAUAACGGAACGUCAGCAAUGACAGAUAACGGAACGUCUGCUUUGCCAAAUAACGGAACGUCAGCAAUGCCAGAUAACGGAACGUCAGUCAUGCCAGAGCACGCAGUUACUACCCUCUCCACAGCCUUGAACCUGUGGCCCUCAGGGCAGUACAGUCUGCCAGUACCCCGGGGAGAAUGUCCCGAGAAAGCUAACUUCACCAAAGACAACGCGUUUGUGGAGCAGUCUCUACGAAGUUUUCUCCAAGCACAGGGAAUCACGUUCUGUCAGCGUCUGGCAGACGGGAUGUUGCCCAUCUCGUGGGACGAGGGACAGUACUGUGUGUUUGCUGCUAAUGCAUCAGCUGUCUGCCCGGGGGUUCUUUUACCAGAAAACAUCACCGUUGAUAGAUUCGGGGGGUCGUCCUUAACUCUACGGUACUGUUGUGCUGACAUCCACUCUGAACGCCCUAUAACCAUGCCGAGGACAUCUCCGUUCUAUCUGCUGCCCAUUAUGAAUCAACCUUGUACUGAGGUGGCCGGGAUGAACUCCACAGUGGAAAACACGACUGUGAAGUUAAGAAACAUUCAAUACGUGACCUCAUCGGAGAACGCCCCAGCGUAUUUCUGGUCCCCAGAUGCUCAAGCUUUGACGUUCUCGUUUUGUCGUUACACGUCACCGGGUAUGAUUAUGUCUAAGCCAGGUGCGACGAACGAUCUCGACACUGUGCAGCUUGUGGCCAUCAUUGUGUCUGUUUGUCUUAUCGUUGUCAUCAUCGUUGUUGUCAUUGCCUGCGUCGUUUUGAGAAGAAGGCGAAAGGCUGAGGGAGACCCGGAUAUAAGUGUCAUCGAACUGCCAUCAGUCGAGGAACCUAGCUCUGGGAAAGGUCGGUUUCCUUUUGCAUGUGAUCUAGGUAUGUCUUUUGUGUGUGGACAUAUUGCCUGUUCUGAAGAUUACACUUAAGUCGGCAAGAAUAUACACAAAGGGUGGUUUUUCAUUGC